GCGCAGGAAGACUGCAGCAGCUGCAGAUCUGAACACACCUACUGAUCACAGAACAGUGCUCUGCGUUAAGAGGCCAAACUCAUGGGGAUAUAAACAAGAAUAAUUACUACUUCUCUCCGGCAUGUAACGCAUUUCACUCCUUUCUCUUCGGUCAGAAGCUCCACACCAUGGUGUCGUAUAAGAGGCUGACCCCAGAGGAGGUCAACUUCUCCGGCGUGCCUUUACUGCAGUCUCAUGAUGAUUCUCAGGACAGUGAGCUGAAGGUGGAAGAUGCAGAGCGCCCUCUGCUGGCCCGGAGGCCUCAGUGCUCCGUCACUUCUGCCCUGUUGACCCUAGGAGGCUUUAUCCUCGUAGUCCUCGGUGUCUGGUUACUAGGAACCGUGCUUUGGCUGCGUAGUACCGCUUCCAUAGGAAUCCACCGCCCUCCAUCACCCGGCAAAGACAACCGGACACGACUGGAAUCCUGCUCCGUUAUUCCAGAAUCCUGGAGGUUCGACUGCUAUCCAGAGAGAGGUGUUGUGGUGACUGAGGAUUUGUGUCACUCCAGAAACUGUUGCUUUGCACGUGCAGCCAGUGAGCAGAGCGGUGUCCCGUGGUGCUAUUAUCCAGCAGAUUUUCCAUCGUAUACGCUAGCGGCUAUUAACGACACCGAGACGGGAUCGAUCGGGAAACUGGUCCGUACUCAGAAGACGUAUUAUCCUAUGGAUAUUGAGGUGCUGAGGCUGGAUGUGCUGUACGAGUCGAACAGCAGACUGCGUGUAAAAAUAACAGAUCCCGCACAGCAGAGGUUCGAGGUUCCUAUAGAUGUUCCUGUGGUGGAAAAACGAGCUCCGAAUCCCUUGUACACAGUGGAGUUCUCCAAACAGCCGUUCGGGAUCAUCGUUAAGAGAACACAAACCGGAGCUGUGCUGCUGAACACGACUGUAGCUCCGCUCUUCUACGCGGAUCAGUUCCUGCAGAUGUCUACGUCCUUAUCGUCGAAUUUCGUUUACGGGCUCGGUGAACAUCGCUCCAACCUGGUGCAUGAUGUGCAGUGGAGCACGUUCACCAUGUGGGCUCGGGAUGCAGCUCCGGAAGAGUUGAUCAACCUGUACGGUGUUCAUCCAUUUUAUCUUCUCAUGGAGGCUGAUGGACUGGCACAUGGGUCUUUCCUGCUCAACAGCAAUGCUAUGGACAUCGUCCUGCAGCCUGCUCCGGCUCUCACCUGGCGCACGAUCGGCGGAAUUCUGGACUUCUACGUUUUCCUCGGCCCGGAUCCCGGCUCCGUGGUUUCCGAGUACCUGGAGGUCGUAGGAAGGCCUGCGAUGCCGGUGUACUGGGCACUGGGUUAUCAUCUCUGUCGCUGGGGUUACGACUCCAGUAAUAAAACCUGGGAGGUUGUGAGAGAGAUGAGGAAUUAUGGGAUGCCGCAGGAUGUGCAGUGGAAUGAUAUUGACUACAUGGACCGCGCUCUGGACUUCACCUUAGACCCGCUGAACUUCUCCACACUGCCUGACCUGGUCAAGGAUCUUCACCUACACAGCCAGCGUUACGUCAUGAUCUUGGACCCGGGGAUCAGCAGCACUCAGCCCCCCGGUACGUACGGGCCGUUCGAGGAGGGGAUAAAGAACGGCGUGUUCAUCAACAGCUCCGGCGGAGGAACGCUGAUCGGGAAGGUGUGGCCGGGACUUACGGCAUUCCCGGACUUUUCCAACCCGGACACACACGAGUGGUGGUACCGAAACCUGCAGGAGUUCCACAACCGAGUCGCGUUUGACGGCCUGUGGAUCGAUAUGAACGAACCGUCGAAUUUCUUCGACGGAUCCGUAGACGGUUGUCCUGACGACCAACUAGAAAACCCUCCUUACACACCGUAUGUUCUGGGCGGCAGUCUGAGGGCCAAGACCGUGUGUGCGUCUGCACGACAGAAAACCACCUCACACUACAACCUGCACAGCCUGUACGGACUUAUGGAAGCCAAAGCAACAGCGAGUGCUUUGAAGAGGAUCCUGGCGAAGCGCCCGUUUGUGAUUUCCCGCUCCACGUUCCCGAGUCAGGGGAAGUACUCCGGUCACUGGCUGGGAGAUAACAGGAGCCAGUGGAAGGACUUGUACAUGUCCAUUCCAGGCGUGCUGACGUUCAAUCUCCUGGGCGUUCCGCUGGUGGGCGCGGACAUCUGCGGCUUUUCCCAGAACACCACGGAGGAGCUGUGCGUGCGCUGGACGCAGCUCGGAGCCUUUUACCCCUUCGCCAGAAACCAUAACACAAAAGAUUCAGCGCCUCAGGAUCCAACGGCGUUCAGUCCGGCCGCUCGGACCGCGAUAAAGGACGCUCUCCUGCUCCGUUAUUCCCUCUUUCCUUUCCUGUACACGCUCUUCCACUACGCGCACGUCCAGGGACACACCGUGGCGAGACCCCUGUUUUUCGAGUUCCCUACAGACGGAACGACGUACACCAUCGAUAAACAGUUCCUGCUGGGGAAGAGCGUGCUGGUGACGCCCGUUCUGGAGCCCGGAGUGGAUUUCGUGGUUGGCUACAUGCCUGAGGGGCUCUGGUACGAUUUUUACACAGGCACCUCAUUGGUCAGUAAAGGUGAAGAGAUGAAGCUUCAUGCUCCUCUGGACAAAAUCAACCUCCAUCUGAGAGAAGGAUCCAUCAUUCCUACACAGAGGCCCAACACUACACUGUGGGUGAGCAGCGGUCAGCCCCUGCACUUGAUCGUGUGUCUGAGCGAGGACAGUCAGGCUGACGGAGAUCUCUUCUGGGAUGACGGAGAAUCUCCGGACACGUACGAGACGGGCGAGUACGCCUACAUCGUGUUCAGCCUGAAACAGAACACGAUGACGUCACAGGUGCUACGCAGUCAUGUGGAGGCCACGUACCUCACGGUGGAGACGGUUUCGUUUUACGGCGUGAAGACGGCGCCGAGCAGCGUCACCGUGAAUUCGCAAGAAGCGCCGUUCAACUACACGUCCAAUCAGGUGUUGAGAGUAGACGAGUUGGGUCUGAACCUCAGUCAGAACUUCACCCUCAGCUGGAAAUGAUCCAAAAUCAAAAGCCUCGUGUUUGCCGCUUUAUUAUUUAUUUUUAAUUCCAGUGUAAUCUUCAGAAAGGUACGAGUAAGUGCACUUCGUACAAAAAAAAGCAAAAGAAUAAAUCUCAAGACUUGAUUUAACGGCGUUUUAGAUCAGCAGGGUUUUUUAGUUGUUUUUGUUUAGAAUUCAGACACAGUCGCAUUUCAAAUUUUAAGAAAAUAAAAACGUCAUUUGCAAUAAUCAGAAGGGAGACGAUGGAUCAGAGCGCGCGAUGUUCUCCCAGCAUUCAGGGAACGGGCGUGGUGCAAUACGCUUCAGCGAACUCGCGAAAUAAGGAAUUCGGACGUUUACGGAUUCGCUGCAGCGCUCCCCGAGACACCCGCUUUCUCCGCUGAAGCGGCCAAUGAAAUUCUCCCGUCGUUAGAAAAAUCGCCAGUAGCCGACCGCACGCUCCCGUGAACUCGUGUAUGCGGAGAGCGCUUCGCUCCGAGCGAGUCACGCCGGAUUCACCGAAGGGGAACGGACGUGUGGGAGUUUCGUCAAGUCUGAGCCAAUAGAAAGAAAGGGGCGGGGCGGCGUGGUCGUCCAUCAUGACGUACGAGUUUCGCCUGGAAAAAGAAAUCUAUAAAUAAAUAAAUAAAUAAACGCGCUAUAAACGCUGGUCCACAGACGUGUGCUGCGGUUUUACCGCGAGGCGUUAACGAUAACGUCUACAUCGAGAAUUUAGGACAGCGAUCCGAACGAUCCCGAAUCCCAGGAGUAAAAUGACUCUGUUUGGACAGAGUACUAUAAAGAGUGUUUUUUAUAUAUAAUGUAUAACGUUGACGGAUUCUAUCGGCUUGAUUGCACUAAAUCGUGACGCAUGUAAAGUGUUGCAUGUUUAAACUUCGUCUUUAUCACCGGGUUAGUGCAGGUUUUUUUUGGUUGUUUUUGUGGGUAAUAAUUGGACUUUUUUGACACUUGAAGGUGUACGGAGAAGAUUACAUUACUGUAGAAGGUUGAUUUGAAGGGUUUUGUGCCUUAUAACGCAUCAGAACUGUGAUCUUUUUCUUCUGCAGCUGCUUUACUGUGAAUGUCUUCAAAUUCUGUGAAACGCUUUAAAGCCAAAAAGCUUCGGCGGUGCUGCUCCGCCUCCGCCGGCGAAUGUCGCAUUACUACAUGCUUUCCAUAGCUGUAGAGCUUUUCUUCCUCUUUUCUUUUUUUUACAUCUAAAUGUAAUUAUUCUUCUCAUCUGUAAUGUCUGUGCUUUUAAUGAAGAAAUGUAGAAAUAAAGAUAUUUUUAGCUUUGAA